UUAUUUGCCAUUUUUCUUGUGAAAUAGAAUGGCGGCGAAUGACAAAUGCGGCGCGGAAGUCGUUAAGGGGCAGGUCUUCGAGGUAGGCCCGAGAUAUUCUCAUUUGGCUUACAUCGGUGAAGGAGCGUACGGGAUGGUCGUUUCGGCGACAGAUCACGUCACGAAGAAUAAGGUCGCCAUCAAGAAAAUUUCCCCGUUCGAGCACCAAACUUACUGCCAGCGUACAUUGCGAGAGAUAAAAAUUCUGACGCAUUUCCGGCAUGAAAACAUUAUUGACAUCCAAGAUAUCCUGCGGUCGCCAACACUGGAUGAGAUGAAAGAUGUGUACAUAGUACAGUGUCUGAUGGAGACCGAUUUGUACAAGCUGCUGAAGAACCAGAAGCUGAGCAACGAUCACAUCUGCUACUUUCUGUACCAGAUUCUCCGCGGGUUGAAGUACAUCCAUUCGGCUAACGUCCUGCAUCGGGAUCUGAAACCGUCGAACCUCCUCCUGAACACAUCCUGUGAUUUGAAGAUUUGUGAUUUUGGUUUGGCUCGCGUGGCUGAUCCGGAACACGACCACACAGGUUUUUUGACCGAAUACGUCGCGACGCGUUGGUACCGCGCUCCGGAGAUCAUGCUUAAUUCGAAGGGGUACACGAAGUCGAUCGACGUGUGGUCUGUGGGCUGCAUUCUAGCAGAGAUGUUGAGCAACCGGCCGUUGUUUCCAGGAAAGCACUACUUAGACCAGCUGAACCACAUCCUUGGAGUCCUUGGGUCACCUUCGAGGGAAGACCUAGACUGCAUCAUCAAUGACAAGGCGAGGAGUUACUUGGAAAGUUUGCCAAUGAAGCCGAAAAUUCCUUGGAGCCGGCUUUUCCCAGCUGCUGAUGCAAAAGCCUUGGAUUUGCUGGACAAAAUGUUGACAUUCAACCCAAACAAGCGGAUUAGUGUUGAAGAUGCGCUCGCGCAUCCAUACCUGGAGCAGUAUUACGACCCUGCUGAUGAGCCAGUAGCAGAGCAGCCAUUCACCUUUGAAACUGAGUUCGACGAUUUACCGAAAGAGCGAUUGAAGGAGCUGAUCUUCAGGGAGACAAUCCAGUUCAACAGCCGCGUGACACAAGAUGAGCCGAUGUGA